UUCACAACCGUAAACCGUUAGAACAAAAACAUGUUCUUUAACUUUUUCUUUUGUUUUCAUUAACCUCUAUUAUGUGUAUAAAAAAUUUUAAUUAUUUUAAUACAAUUUCAUUUAAACAAAUUAACAAUAAUGAACUUCAAAGACUGUUUGUAAUAUAUCUAUUAUUACGAAUAUAAUCAUUAUAGUCUUUCAAUGAUCAUAACCUUACUUUUAGGUUAUAAAUAUAAUGUAAAUAACACAAAAAUUAAAUUAUUAAAUUUACAUUAGAGAAAAGUUUCUUUUUUAUAAAAAAAUCAACAAGUUCCGCGUGCGCAAACUCGUGUGUUCUGUUUUUUGGCAGUUCAACAAGCAAGUCAAGUCCAGGUAUGUCUUUCCGAGUGGUUCGCAGUAGCAAGUUCCGCCACGUGUACGGAACAGCUUUAAAACGAGAACAGUGCUAUGACAAUAUUAGAGUUUCCAAGUCUUCCUGGGAUUCCACAUUUUGUGCGGUCAAUCCCAAAUUUCUCGCCAUUAUCGUCGAAUCGGCUGGAGGCGGUGCUUUCAUAGUUUUACCUCAUAAUAAGGUCGGUAGGAUAUCGGCAGAUCAUCCACUAGUUGGAGGGCACAAGGGACCUGUUUUGGAUAUUGCGUGGUGCCCGCACAAUGACAAUGUGAUAGCGUCAGGCUCUGAAGACUGUGUAGUGAAAGUUUGGCAGAUUCCCGAUGGAGGAAUAUCGAGAACUCUCACGGAAUCGGUGGUCGAUCUUCAACUUCAUCAGAGGAGGGUGGGUCUAGUUUUAUGGCAUCCAACAGCCCUGAAUAUAUUGCUCACAGCGGGCUCAGAUAAUUUAGUUAUCAUUUGGAACGUGGGCACUGGCGAGUCACUAGUGCGAAUAGAUUGUCAUCCGGAUGUUGUUUAUUCCGCGUGUUGGAAUUGGGAUGGCUCACGACUCGUUACCACGUGUAAGGAUAAAAAAAUUCGCCUCCUCGAUCCAAGAUCGGGAAAAAUUCUCGAGGAGGCUGUCGCGCAUGAGGGAAGUAAAGCGACACGUGCAAUAUUUCUCAGGGGCGGUUUAAUAUUUACGACCGGCUUCAGUAAAAUGUCGGAAAGGCAAUAUUCACUGCGAGCACCGGAUAUGUUGUCCGAACCAAUAGUAAUGGUAGAAUUAGACACUAGCAAUGGAGUUAUGUUUCCACUUUACGAUCCCGAUACGAAUUUGGUGUUUCUCUGUGGUAAAGGCGAUUCGGUGAUUCGUUAUUUUGAAAUAACGCCCGAACCACCAUUUGUACAUUAUAUUAACACUUUCCAAACGCCCGAUCCUCAACGGGGAAUCGGAAUGAUGCCAAAACGCGGAUGCGACGUAAACAGUUGUGAAAUCUCGAGAUUUUAUCGACUUAAUAAUUCGGGAUUCUGUCAAGUUGUCUCAAUGACUGUUCCAAGAAAGUCUGAAUUAUUUCAAGAAGAUUUGUAUCCUGAUACGCCGGGUGACACAGCAGCGAUAUCGGCGGAAGAGUGGGAAGGCGGUCAGGAUGCUGAACCAGUGCUCAUUUCCCUUAGGGACGGCUAUCAGCCGACAGCCUCGAAAAACGAUCUCAAAGUUAAUAAAAAGGCCAAUUUACUUAGUAAAGGAGCUAAAGUUCAAUCGGGUAAUUCAAGCGCACCUAUUGGACAAGUAUCUGAGGAAAUAAUAAAGGAGUUCGCCGAGGAAAUUAGAAAAUUAAAAGCAGUAAUUCUAAAACACGAGGGACGAAUUCGAGUUUUGGAGUCGGCAAUGGCGUUGCAAAUGAAAGAAGAAGAAAGAAGUGAAAAACGUCCCUCAUCACCACCGACGGAUAAAGAAUUACUUGCAUCAGACGAGGUUUGAUUGACUUAGUAUAAUAUUUUUUUUUUUUUUUAAAUAGCUUUAAAAUAAAAACAACGAACUCAUUUAAUUGUGAAAUAAAUAAAAAAAAAUUGUCAUAUUAUAUUUUGAUAUGAUACUUUGUGUAAAUAUUAGGAUUUAGCAUUUUUAGCGUGCUUAAUGAAUCGUCGAUAAUUUUCAUUAUUUAUAUAGACCAUCUCUGAAUCCUCGCAUUUUUUUCAGUAUCGCAAAAAAAAAAAGAAAAGAAAAA